AAAUUUAUAAUAUUUACUUAAAUUUUUGAUGCUAGCCCACAGAGAACCACUCAGCGAGGUCACCAACACCAGAGAGGAUAAGGAGGGACAGAAGGCUCCACUGAAGGACAACAAGAUCCAAGUUGCCUCCUCCAAGCCAGCCAACUUCUAUGUAUAUCUCUCAAAGAUGUACCUGAAGGACUUUGAAGAGAUUGAGAUCCAUGCAGUAGGCAAUGCUGUCUCCACUGCAGUCCUUGCUAGUGAGAACUUGUUUAGAAAUAAGUAUGGUGAGUUCUCAAUGAUCAGAACUGACACCAUCGAGCUCCCAUCAAGAGGCCCUAGAUACGGCCAGUAUGACAGAUACCCUAGUGUCAUCAAGAAGCCCAAGAUCACUAUCGGUAUCAAGAGAACUCCUGACUUCUUCAAGAACAUGGAGGAGUUUGAGAAGAUUAGAGAGGAAGCCAUCAAGCAAGAAGAGCUUGAGAUGGCUCAGAAGUCCCAAGCUGACUCCGCCCCUGUCCCUGAGAUGGUCAAGAACUAGAGCCAGUCUUAACCCCAUGU